GUCUGCACACAUGCACACAUGCACAUACAUAAUUACACGCGUACCUGCCUCUAGAGUGUCUAGUAAACAAUGCAACUGGAUAUAAUACUGUAUACGGGCCUUCGUUAUGCCUUAUGCGUAGAUCGUGCCUUAUACGAUCACAGCACCCGGGUAUGCGACGCUUACUCACUCUCGCGGUAAUUCAUCCAGAAACCCCCGCGUGUUGUUUAUUGCCGUCUGCAGAUCGGGCAAUCACCCAAUCAUCCAAUCACUCCAUCACUCAAUCCGGAAUGAGAAACAACAACAAGCACGAAGGCUGGGAAGCUUGGAGGCGGGGGGAGUGGGGAGAUAGUGUGUGUGUGAUUUGCAGGAUAGGAUAAACGAGGGGCAAUGGGGGGUAUAAACACCUCCCCACCGCCCCCUCCAAAGACCAGAUUCCGC